AUGGAUCAUUUGAAUAGGGGAAUAAUGAUGUUAGCAGAAAAUGGAGAUUUUAACUUCCAUCCUAGAUGCAGGAAACUGGGUAUAAUUCGCAUCUGCUUUGCAGAUGAUUUGCUCAUGUUCUGUAGGGCAGACACUAAAUCCAUUAGGCUACUUCAAGGGGUGUUUCAGGAAUUCUCUACAGCUACUGGUUUACAAGCAAACAAAGACAAAAGCUCUAUCUACUUGGCAGGAGUGAAUAAAGAUGAAAAACAGACUUCAACUGAUAAAGUCUGUACUUUGGCAUUCAAAUAUACUGGGCACAUAUAUUUCUACUCCGUAAAAGUCAUGAAGAUGAUAGAUCCAGUUUGCAGAACGUUUUUAUGGACUGGAGAAGAAACUAUCACAAGGAAAACUCUAAUAUCUUGGGAACAGAUCUGCAGGACUACAUCUACAUGGGGAUUGAAUGUCAUUGUACGCGACAAAAUCAGAGGACUUGCUUUCUUGCUGUCAAGUUACUUCGGAAGAACGCCUCAAGACCCCGAGGGCGGGAGGCCACGACCGAGUUCCUGA